AUAGGCAAGGAAUCGAUCGCUAAAACAAUAGUGUUUCUGAACUUCUUCAGACAACCAGUUUCAAUCCAGAUCGCUUCUAAAAAUGAAUACUAAAUCCUGUUUGUUGUUUUUGCUUGCUGUGUGCAUUGUUGGUUUUGUGUCGGCGAAGCCACAACUACUCGAGGUGGGCAGCUGUGGAGCAAAUCAGGAAUUCACACUUUGCCUCCUAGGUUGUCCAGCAACGUGCAAUAAUCCCAAUCCUUCGGGAUUCCUUUGCGUGCAACCAUGCGUUGCCGGCUGCCAAUGUCGCGCAGGCUAUAUAAGGAAUAGCCAAGGAAAUUGUGUCCAACCGGAAGAUUGUUGAAGGACCCCCAAAAUUAUAGAAAGGCUUGCCUUUAUUUGUGAAUACGGCCAAAAAUGAAAUCGAAAACUAUAUAAAUUGUUAUGUUACAUAUGUUAUGAGAAUAUAAAAAAAAAAGAAAAUAAAAAAAUAUAUAUUUAGCAACGUAUUAAAGCACUUGAA